GCCCGCCCCAUCGCUUCCCAGGCAAGCAAGCUCGAGGCGACAGAGGCAAGCCAAGAAAAGCAGCAGCAGCCAGCCAAGCUCGCCGCCGCGGCUCUUCUUGCUCGCCUCCGGCCGUUCCGUUCCCGUCCCGCCGAGCUUCCGCAGAAGGGAUGGAGAUGAAGAAGAUCGCCUGCGCCGUCCUCGUCGCUGCCUCGGCCACCGUGGCGCUCGCCGCGGACGCCCCGGCCCCGGCCCCCACCAGCGGGUCCUCCGCCGUCGCGCCCGCCGUCGGCGCCGCGCUCGGGGCCGCCGUGGCCUCCUUCUUCGCCUACUACAUUCAGUGAGCCGCUGGAACGGCCGGCCCGGCGGGAGGAGGACGAGGAGGAAGAGACCAGGGGGAGACAUGGCGGCUCUGAUUCCGAACACCGCGCGCGCAUUCCGAUGCGUGCGUGGGUUUCGAUUUGACACGGCUUUCUCUUCUUCUUCUCCCCCCCUCUCCUUGAUUUAACGAAUUGAUCGAUGUCGCUGAUGCACCAGUUUAAUUUGGUGCCUUGUUAUUUGUUCUUCAAUCCCUUCGAGAGAGGGACCGACACCUGUACCAUUGCUUGCCAUUUGUUUGGAUCAAUUCAACAAUUCGAUUUAAUCAUC